AACAGACUGUCCGUCAUCAACGAUGAGGUCACCUCCUGCCCUUAGCAAGAUGGCGGUGGGCGAGAAGAGCGACGGUUUGUGUCUUCUUCAGUUUGGAGUCUGUCCGGGCUAUUCAGCUGCAGAUCUCAUUAAAACCAUCGUUCAAACAAGGACAAAAGAGCUGAAGUACAAAGCUGAGGCUUGUGUUAGAGGUUAUUUGGUGAGAAAAAGUUUCCAGCGUUUACGCCAAGACUAUGAAAAUAUUGUAAAAGAAAUCGAGGGAGAUGUGCUCUUGUUGGAGUGGGAUGGCAAGGUGUUACCAAGGCCUAAAUUUAAGGAGCAGAAUGCAAGAAGAAAAGGCAUGAGCAGUGUCAUUGAGAGGACAGCAUGUGAAACGCUUUGCCCUGAAGGUGAAAAAGGUGGAAUUUGUGGACAAUUUGAGGGCAAUGAACCAGAAAAGGAUGAUUGUGAAAUCGGAAUCUCCUCAAUCAAAGGAAAUUUUCCUGCAUUGGCUGAGCACCUGGAUGUUCCUGGAAUUUUGACUGGAGCUCCAACGACAUGGGGACAAGCAUCCAAUAAAAUUGAAGGUGUUAUUCAACCUUUAGAAAUGGAAAAAGCAUCCCCUGCAAGUGGUGAUGAGAGAAAAGAAUCUGAUACUACACUGAACUUUACUGAUGUAACAUCUGUUUGGAAUAGUACAGUACUGGAGGAUUCAACCAUUGUUCUCAGUACAGAAUCAUUGUGCAAAUUGCAAAAGAAGGAAAUGCCAACAACACUAGAAGGGAUACAGAAGUACAGAAGCAGCCUCGCAAUGGAACUCUUGUGGCUGCAACAGGCCAUUGCUAGUCGUAAAAAUUAUUUGAUACUGAAGCAACGAUUGAGAACUCCAGAAUGAAUAUGUGGUUUCAGAAUUGGCAGAACCACAAGAAGCUGAUCCAAACAAGUCAUGGAGAAGUUCAUCAUUGGAAGUUACCUAAAUAUAAGAGAAAUGAUAUCACAGAUUAAAUCUGUAUGUGGUAAAUGCAGUGAAGUGGAACCUGGUGGAAACUGUUUAUAGAGAAUAUGAGGUUAAAAGAAUGCUAACACUUAACAUAAUGCAUUCUUUGAAGCAAUAUUGCAGUUUGUAUGUUCCAGGAUAAGGUCCUGCCAUACUUCUGUUCAGCUUUUGGCCAUAAUUUAUUUCAGAAAGUAGUAAACCUUUCAUAUUUAAUAUGCCGUUUAUUUACUUGUGGCUGGCGUCCUGGCUAGUGGACAGUGCAACUCUUGAUAAUGUUGGCAUCCAGCAAGAUGCUGCUAAUCAGUUCCAUCCUUCAUCAAUUUGUUGGGAUGUGCUUUAGCUAUUUGACUCUAGUGGGAAAAGGAAGUAUCUGCUGAUCAUUUGAAUUGUCUUUUUGCAUUUUCUCUUAUUGUGCUUAAGUCUCUACAUUCUUAAGAAAUAAAUAGAGCCUGAAUGUUUCCUGGACUUUUCCGUCAAAAUGACCAUCUACCAAAAUGUGCACUUUUGUGAUGUAAUAUGUUCAUUCACUUUAAAAUACUGUCUGAUAGUUUUUUUAUGCAAUCUGUUAUAAAUUUGUAACAUUACAGAAUUAUUUCUGAAUUGUGCACUUUACACCGCAGUCUGAAAGUUCAUCAAAUUUAGUGCAAAUAUAUAGUAAUUUUAAGUUUUAAGAUCAUUUUUUAAAUAUAUCAAAGUUUUAUCAUAAGUCAUCAUUUUUUAAAACAAUAAAAAUGAAACUUACGCUUGGAUCACAGCUGUAACAUUUGUUACCUGAUUCACCAGCCCAUAAAUUUUGCAGUUGGUGAUGCAACUGAACAAUCAUUUACACUUAAAAUGUUUGAAGUGUUUGUUCCCAGCACAUUCAUUCUGUGGGAAUCAAUCCCUGUUUAUGGUAUUUCCUGAAGGGAAACACUCCAUUUAAUGUUCAAUCAGAGUUACUUAUCUCUGAAAGCAGGGAGCUGGAUCGAUUCCUCAAACUGUUCUUGUUCGACUCUUAAUAUUGCCACUCCUGGCUGUUACCAUGUAGAAAGUUACUGUUUUAUAAGUGAUAAUUCAUUGAGGGCAGGACUCCAAGCAGCUGUUAAUAUUGUUGCGAAGUUGGCUAGUGUGCUUGUGGUCUGGGAUGCGGAAGUUAGAAUCUGGUGUUUGUAAAAUCCUAAGGGGAAAGCAUUGUAUGCUCCCUAUAAAAGCUGAUGUGCUUUUAAUAUGCUUAGAGAUUUAAUAAAAAUGUCUGUGGGCAACUUGAAGGUCUGUAAGUACAGAGAGCACUCAAAUUGAAACAUUUGUAUGAAAAGACCAUACAGUUAGCAGACCAAACAGCAGCUUUGUUUUGCUGUCGAAACAAAGCUCAAAUUUAGCCAAUCAAUUUGAACCAGGAACUUAGAUACCAAAAAGCAAUUAAAUUUAAAUCUGAUGUUUUUAACAACAUAGGAACAAUCCUAUCGUAAGAAAUAUUGAUAUGUCAUCAAGGCCAUAAAAGAAGGGGCAUUUAGGCAAAGGCAGGAGAG